AUUCUCUAUUUCUCUUCACACACCCGAAUUUUUUUCAAAAAGUCGCACAUCUUCUCUUGAAUUCCGGCGCCGAAUCUCCCUCAGAUCCGGUAACUGUUUAUCAAGAUAUGGCCGAUAACGUCGCCGGUGAACACGAGAAGGAGGAUUCAUUCGUUGAAUCUGUCAAGGAUAAGAUCUCCGAGACGUUUCACAAAGACGAUUCUUCUUCGUCUUCAGAUUCCGACAAUGAAGGCAAGAAGAGUUCAUCUGUGUCCGAUGUAAAGGACAAGAUUUAUCGGCUCUUCGGGAGGGAGAAGCCUGUUCACAAGCUCCUAGGAGGCGGCAAACCUGCUGAUAUCUUCCUCUGGAAGGACAAGAAGGUUUCUGCUGGUGUGCUCGGGUUUGCCACAUUGAUAUGGGUGCUUUUUGAGUUGGUUGAAUAUCACUUACUUACACUAGUAUGCCAUACUCUAAUCUUAGCUCUAGCAGUCCUUUUCCUGUGGUCCAAUGCCGCAAGCUUCAUCAACAAGUCUCCACCAAAGUUCCCAGAAGUCAACCUCCCAGAAGAUAUUGUUCUUGGUGUCGCCUCUGCUCUCAGGGUUGAAAUCAACAAAGCUUUUGAAGUCCUCCGAUGCAUUGCUUCAGGAAAAGACCUCAAAAAAUUUCUUGGUGUGGUUGCUGGGUUGUGGGUUCUCUCAAUUGUUGGAAGCUGCUGGAACUUCUUGACAUUGUUCUACAUAUGCUUUGUUUUGCUUCACACAUUGCCUUAUCUUUAUGAUAAAUAUGAGGACAAAGUUGAUGCUUUUGGUGAGAAAGCAGAGGCUGAGAUUAAGAAGCAGUAUGCAGUUUUCAGUGUGAAGGUUUUGAGCAAGAUUCCAGUAGGAGCAUUGAAGCACAAGUUUGCAUAAACUCUCUUUCUCAUCUCAGGUGACUACUACUACUACUAAAGUACUACUAGAUGUGUCUUUCUCACUCGUUUGUUGUGACUUGUGAUAUUUUUAUAAACUAGAAGCUCAGUUUAUUUAUUUCAUUGGUUAUCUGAUACGCUUUGGGGUGAAUCAAUGAUAUAAUUUAAACAAAAUUCAGUAAUAUGAUGUAAUGAAGUUUUAGACAUUUAAGUCCCCCUUUACACUUUUGUUGGAGUUAUUUCAAGCAUAUGAAUGAAAGGGGAUAUAAUUUUGUAUUAGUUCAA